CCUGACGCACUUUCUACUGGUUAGAGGGGAACCAGGGACCCGAGCCCACUGGUGACGUUUCCCUCACGUGAUCCAGAGCCAACGAGUGCAGUAGUCCUUUUCCUCCAGGUAUCAGCUCCCUAUUUCCGUGGAGGAAGGCAGACUUCAGGCUGAGGGGCUCAGGGGCAACUGCCCUAUAGCCCUGCAGGUCUUCAAGUGUGUGGUUGUGGGCACCACACCAGGCAAGAAAAGAAGAGACCUGCUGUAUCAGCCCAGGUCAGUGCAAGAGGGCAACUGCCCCAGGACCCCUGGGGACAGGCAAAGAAGGAAAUCUCAACAUGGAAAAGCUCUACAAAGAAAAUGAAGGAAAACUAGAAAAUGAAAGAAACUUGGAAAAGGAAAGCAAGCCAGAAGAUGAAGCAGAGCCGGAAGAGGAAGGGAAGUCCGAAGAGGCGGCCCGGCCGGAGGUGGAGAGGAAGGCAGAAUGCCAGGGGAAGGCAGGUGGUGAGGGAGAGGCGGGGGCUGAGGGGCAGCCAGAGGGAGAGCAGGAGACUCAGCAGGGAAAGCCAGGAGAUGAGGGCACUCCUCAAGGGGAGGCCCAGCGGAAGCCCGAGAGCGAGGCCCGGGCCUCCGAAAAGCGCCCCGCUGAAGAUCACGUGCCCAGGAAAGCCAAAAGGAAAACGGACAGGGGCACCGAUGAUUCCCCCAGGGACUCUCAGGAGGACUUACACGAAAGGCACUUGAGCAGCGAGGAGAUGAUGAUGAGAGAAUGUGGUGACGCGUCAAGGGCUCAGGAAGAGCUAAGGAAAAAGCAGAAAGCCGGUGGCUUUCAUUGGUUGCAAAGAGAGGUCCAGGAUCCUUUCCCCCCUAGGGGCCAGCGGGGGGUCAGAGGAGUCAGGGGCGGAGGUAGGGGCCAAAAAGACUUACAAGAUGUCCCCUACCUUUAAUCCCGUUGCCUUUCCAUUCUGAUUCUCAGAUGGGAAUCGUGCCAGCCCUGCUUUCCCUGGCAGGCUUCUGCCAGGCUCUGUGCUCUAACCUGUGCUGAUACUUACCUUGCUUCAGGUGUCACUCUUGUUACCAGCAGCCUUGGACCCCACUGCAGCGCUCUGUGUGUCAGUAGGGCUUUCACCCAUGUGCAUGGGGGAGAUGUUCACGGUACCUUGUAAAAUGUGAAUAAACUGUUUGUAAACCUGCA